AUGUCUUUCGAUCUGCCUCUGGGGAUCGCCCCCUUCUCGUCAGCACCCAGUGAAACAUCCACACCUCUGUCCUCCGGCCAAAGCGGCAACGAGCAAUUUGAUCAAUCGCAGUCUUCGCAAUCCUCCAGAAUAGUGACCGUCGAUUAUGGGAGCUCAGGUCGGAUCCAGAGAUACUUGAUCGUUUCCAAGAUUGAGGAAAUAUUUGCGAAAAUGAUUGAUGUCCUCGCUGAAGGGGGCGAUACACUCGUUAUCCCCUACCGGAGCGGACGAUCCCAGGCAGGGGAAGGGGUGCUCAGAUUUCCCGGAAGCACAGUGAACGAAGCCAUCAAGUUCACCCGAAUGAUGCGAAUCAUGGAGCUGGCGCGCGAAGCCCUGAUGUCUGACCGAAUUAUCAGCAAGAGGAACAUCUACUACCAGGACCCAGACCUUUUCGUGAACCAGAGGAACGUUGAUGCACUGGUUGACAGCCUCGCGUUGACGCUUGGAGUCGCUGCGUCCAAGGGCCUCAUAGCAGGGUCACUCACGUUGACCAUGAGAGAUGACACGGUCGUUUCCUGCUUGUUCGACCAAGACCCCGGCGAGAGCAUUCCUCCCACAGCCAUGAUCAAGGAGAUUGAUUUCGGCGACACAAGAUGGGUUCUGGUUGUUGAGAAGGAGGCAACCUUUCGCACUCUGGCAGCGUCCCAGUACUGGAGAGACUGCAUCCAUGGUCAAGGCAUCAUUAUCACUGGGAAAGGCUACGCAGACCUGGCCACAAUCGAGUUCCUGAGCCUCGUCCAUUCGCUACGGCCCCUCAUGCCCAUCCUGGGCGUCUUCGACUCCGACCCGCACGGCAUCCAGAUCAUGAGAACGUACAAAAAUGGGAGUCGGAGGUUGAGUCACGAACAGAAUGCUCGCGUGCCGGGGUUGCAAUGGAUCGGUGUCAGGAUAGAAGACGUCCUGCGGGCCGGCCCGCCGGGCGGUGAGGAAGACGGAUCACAGAGCUCCUCACUUGGCCAGUCACGCCAGUCAAGCCAGUCAUCCUUUGGCCAGUCCAGCCAAGAGUCACAAGGCUCGGCGCUCUUUGGCAAGCAGACACCCCGCGACGCCCAGGUCGACUUGAAGACAGCUCAAGGCAUCGUCAUGGCCCUGGCUGCGAGGGAGGACGAGCUUGAUCAUGAAGAGACGGAACAGCUACGGGAGAUACAGAUGAUGCUGCUGCUGAACGUCAAGGCCGAGAUCCAAGCCAUCGACAACAUGGGAGACCUUUCCGAUUGGCUGGACGAGAAAAUUGGGCUUGCGUGA